AAAAAAAAAAAAAAAAAAAAAAAGCUUCUCAUAGUUUUAUUAAAUAGAAAAUAGAGGCUUUAAUAUUGUUGGGUGGAUAUAUAUUAGUCAAAAAUCCUCUCACCAGCUUUAUCCAUUUGCCUCGUUUUCUGUAAUUUCUAUUCUUGAUCAUAUAUCUUUCUCUUGCUAUCAAUUUUCUCCGAUUUCCCUUCUUAGAUCAUAUAUUUUUCUCUUGCUAUCUAUCGAAGCUUUAAUAUUCUUAGGUGAAUCUUUAUCCAUUUGCCUUGUUUUCUUUAAUUUUCAUUCUUGAUCAUAUAUAUUUCUCUUGCUAUAAUUUCUUCUCCAAGAUGAUGAGAAGUCAACAACAGGAUCAACAAUCUAAUAAGGUUUUCUACGAACUUUCUGCAUUGAUAUUAAAUAUUCUACGGUCACCACCAGGGCCGAUUGAGUUAUAUGAUGACGUGGCGGUGUCUCCGUCGUCGUCUUCAGGGAGGAGGACGACGGCGAUGCAGCAGAUUACUCCGGCGGGAUUUGCGUCUUUGCUUUUAGGGAUUUCAUUUGCUUUAAUGCUUUGUGGAUCGGUGACUUUUUUUAUUGGGUUCUUGAUGAUGCCAUGGGUGCUUGGUUUGGUUAUGGUGUUUUAUGUGGCUGGGAUUGUGUAUAGUUUGUCCAUGAUUGGACGAGCUAUUUUCUGUCAUAUUUCUUCGACUUCUUCAUCACCAAGAAAAGAUUUUCAGCCCUGGAAACUUUUCUGAAGCAAUUUAAACACUCGAAUGGGACUUUACAAGAUUGAGGAGUAUGAUUGAUUAUUUUUGUCAUAAGACGCAGCUUCCCAGCAAUGUUUAGACGAUGGAUGCAAGAAUGUUGAUAUUAGUCAAUCGAGGAUAUUGCACACUACACUGAUUUUCCCGGUGGAACAGGGAACAGAUUUCAAAGUGGAAGUAUAAUUUGUGUUAUUAUCUACAGAGCAGGAAGCUCAAAAAUUCUGUCCCUCAUCUUUUCUUAUCUCAAUGCGCUAUUUUAUGCCAAGUUCCAUUACAGAUGUAGACACGGUAGUUUUUUUUUCCUUUCCUUCUUUUCGUCCUUCAAAUAACUUUGGUGGAAUGAAGUACGAUUUGGAUCAUCUUUGGCAUUCUACUUGUUAAUAUUUCGAUGAUGAAUGAACACGUAAAGACGUCACUGGGAAAAUACUGUGAAUGACAUUGUGCUGACCUAGAAUAAUUAUAUGUUCUCUUUUUCCUGUC